UAUUGAUGUCUGCUGGAGUCAUGAUUUGGUGGGAGAGGCCACAAGAGUCCCAAACCUCUGCAUGCGCAGUUCACCACAUUGAAAAUGAUUGCCUCAAACUCUCGGAAGUUCAGCCAAGUUGCUGUGAUUUAGCUGGCCAGCUAGCUACAUAUAUAACGUUAGCUAAAAGACGGUGCGACUAAGGUAAACUAGCUUAUUUUAUUGUUCCACUCUAUAUCGAGACAUUAAGGAUUAUACAUGGAUUUACAUCGCUUUUCGUUAUAUUUCGUUCGAAAACAUGAAUGGUAGCCACCUUUGGAAGAAGUUGUGAUUGUUUUUUUGGCGCUCUAGCAACGCAGGGGAAUGAUGGUGGAGUUGAGCUAACAGGCUAACGCUAGCUUAAUAUGCGAUAACAGAGCUAGCUUGGUUGCGAUCGUUUGUGUCUGGAAAGUUUGGAAGAACUGCCCCAUCCAUUUGCCAGGGACUCGUAAGUAUCCCCUAUCCCUAAAAUGUAUUAGCAAAUAUAUGCAUUUGAUAUAUUUUUGACCAAUUACUAAUUAGCUAGCUAAUGUUAGUUAGCUUGGCUACUAACGUUAGCACUUCACCACAGACUUCACGAGUGCAGAGAGCUAGCUAGCUAACUUUAGCUAGCUAAUUAGCCAGCUAGCUACAAAUGAAGGUUCUACUACUAGCUACGGUAGUUUGUCCACACCACGUCUGACCAAGAGAUGAAGAUACUGACGUUAAAUUAACUAACCAUUUGAUUAGUCAUACCGUUUCAUAUCAAUAAGGUAACUAAGCCAAAACCUUGUAAUUGAUCUCAUUAAAAAAAGCUUUGGCCCAAGCCUAAUUAGCUUUCCUAGCUAGCCAACGUUACCUUUAUUAACUUGGAAGAAACAAUGGCUAACUAACUAGCUAGCUAACUCCAUUUUUAUCACAAACUAGCUAGCUAGAUCAUCAGUUGUCAAAUGUAUUCUUCCAGCUAGCUACCUAACUUGGCUGACAGUAAACUAUAUGUGUGCAGGGCAGGCCUACAUCUUAUGUUGGCAUAGCAGAUAAAGCAUCAUGAGUGCUCCUCAGCCUCGAAGGAUGGAACCAGGGAUGCUGGUGGCUGGAUCUAGGUAAGAAAGAAACCCUCUGUUAAUGAAGAGUUUGAAAGGUCACUUUGUCUCUUUCACAUCAAUCAAAUGUAGCUAACUACGUAGCUACAGCUCUUCCCAUGAUGUUCAUUCACUCACUGACACUAUUGGCAUUUAUAAUUUCACUUUCCUUAUCUCCCAGACAUCAGAUGGUGCUCUGAAGAAGCCAUGGGUAGCUGCUUGAGCUGUCCAGAGAAGGAGUCAAUCCCAGAUAAUCAUCAAACCAAGUUUAAGGUUGGUCUGUUGAUCUGUUACAACAAUCCUACUUCAACGGUGGUCCAUUGCUGAGUCCACCCACAUUCUAGGUAUGACAGAUUUCGCAACAUGUCAAAAACAAUCUGUAGACUUCCCACCUGAAUGAAUGGGAAAUAUUGGUUUCACAAUGAAUACCAUCUUCAGUGCAUUGCAGUGUAGACAUGUUUGUGUUGACUGACACAGUGACCGUUGUGUAAAGUUAUUUCUCUGUUGCCAGGUGAUAAACGUGGAUGACGAUGGGAACGAGCUGGGCUCAGGCGUGAUGGAGCUGACGGAGGCAGAGCUGGUCCUCCACACCCAUCGCCGUGACGAUGUUAGGUGGCCCUACCUGUGCUUGCGUCGCUAUGGCUACGACUCCAACCUCUUCUCCUUCGAGAGCGGCCGCCGCUGCCAGACGGGACAAGGUCAAUUAAUAGAGAUUUCCAUUCCACACAAUUAUUGAUUUCACUUAUUUUAUUAGUUGAUUUUCUCAGCGUAUGUCGCACCAGAGCUAAAUUAACGAACGUAUGUGGUGCCUCAGCUGCCUGGGCAGGAGUAUACAUACAACGGUGUAAUAAUGUUGAAAAUGUAUACAGAUCCACAAUAAAAUCCCAUGUAAUACACAAUGUUGUGGAUCUAACAUGAAUCAUGAUAAACAUCAGAAUACAUUGAAUCACAUCUGCAACUAGGUCAUUAGGCCCCAACAACAUCAGCUUUGUUAUUGUUAUAUUGACUUGGACCAGUCAUUGAUUAUGCAGCAAUGCCAAUGACACAAAUGUCUGUGUGGUUAUUUUUGGACUCCAUCCAUGCUUUCAAAAGGAUGAGGUCUGGUGGCGAGAGAGAGGGAGACCUGGGGGUUGGGACAGGGGGGGUGGUUACUAUGGGUUCCGGUAAGUCAGGCUUGUUGUGUUCCCACCUCAUGCCUUGAUGAUGAAUGACAUAAUACUGUGAUCACCAGAAAUAUUAGUCAGAAAUAGAAUCAUUAUGGUAUCAUUGACUUAAGUAGGGAUUGGAUUGGAUGUCCAUUUAAUUAUUCUAUUUCUGUGGUUACAGUAUUGAUGCCUGUGUCUGACUCUGUGUGGUGUUGUGCUGUGUUUGAGAGGGAGUUGGGUUUUUUAGUUUGGUCGCACAAGUAGAGCAAAGCUGUGUGUUCUGUGUUUUCUUUGUCAUUAUGCAGUUUGACUUGUUUCAGGGAUGGGAUCGUGUGUAGUUUGUCUCUAAUGUUAUGCUGUACCUAUGGUUGUUCCUAAUGUGUUCCGUCUUGAUAUUUUACGAUGCUAUAAUUUCCUUGUCCUUCAUCUCUAUCACUCUGUUGCCUUCCCCUACCCAGUCCUUUUAGAUCAGUGAUCACAAGGUCGACAAGGGCAUAGGUGGCAAGGAAAAGUUUGAAGACCCAAUAAAUGUACAAACCUUUUGUAAACUUGAAGGUGUAAGCAGUGCUGAUAAUGGUUGCGCGUCUCAAUUGUCUAUAUUGCAGUCGUGCUGCCCAUAUGCGAUUCAUGAGUUGUUUUUUGACUGUGUUUUGACUGUUUCUUGACUGUGUGUGUGUGUCUUUAGGGAUAUUUGCCUUCAAGUGUGCUCGGGCGGAGGAGAUCUUCAACAUGCUGCAGGAGGUAAUGCACAGCCACAGCAUCAGUGUGGUGGAGGAGGCCGUGCUGGAGGCCAACCACCAGGCCAACCACCAGGCUGGUAAGACCGUAUUCAUCCUACAACUAGAACUUGUACAGACCCCAUUAUGAAUACUUCUACCCAUACUUGCAAUGACCUAAAAUGCCCAUUGCCUCAUAUAUAGGGUUUCCGUUAGGAAAAUGUGGCCGGCAACAUUUUAAUUUACCAGACAUUUGAGAAAUGUACUGGACCCAUAUGCAUUGGGUGUGUAACCUGAGCAGGGCUCAGAAUGACAGAAAUCACAUUUAGAAUAUGGUCAUUCAUAUUAACAGAACAAGUCGAGGAUGCAAUGAUGUGCAGUCCUUCUUACUGAAUUCUGAUGGGCACUUUGUUAGAAUGUUAGAAUAACUGUCCACAGUUACUUUUCCUCAGCCAACAAGACAAGUAACGAACAGCAAAAUCACUAGCCUAUGUCAAUCUACUACAGUAGAAAAGUUUAGGCUACCUAUUCUAUUGGUCAGCUUGUCGAGAAAGAAAUGGCCUAUCCCAAAUAGACUCUGGGACAUUGUCCCCACUGACCCCCCCAGUUCUUCCCUUCUCUAUGUCUAUCUAGCUCUGGGCUACUCUGUCCCCACCGUGCCCAAUGGUGUCACCCGGAUCCCUUCGGUGGGCGACACCCCCUCGUACCCCUCCACGCGCCACCCGUCUGUGGCCAGCACCCGCCUGCCCUCGGUGGGAGAGGAGUCCUCACACCCCCUGCUAGUGGCUGAUGAUGCGGUGAGAGAGCGACUCAAUAGCAAACUAUAGUUUUUUUUCUGGAUAAAAAAAGGGGCUUGGGUGGUUGGGGGUGUGGCAGGCGCGGUCUGCCCAUUGGCACGGCUCAAUUUUAGAUAACAUUUUAGAGGCCCCGGUCUUGGCGGUGUAGAUAGAUUUUUGCAUUUGUAAGCUCAUUUCCUGCCCAUUCUACACAUUUCUCCACACAGCUGAGAGACAAUGUUGCAGUUUUAAAGAUAAUUUCCUGCAAUUCUAUGCGUUUUGCCAUGGCUAAUGCUGUGUUCUUUUGCUCAAACAUAACUAAAUCUAUACUGCUAAAUUCAUUGUUUUGGGAAUUUUCAAUUAUCACUAGCUGUCUAGCUUUAUUUUGCUGAUUGUUAGUUCUCAAAGAUUAUAUUAUAAAAAAAGAUAUAGGUUAAUUAUCUUUUUUACAUACUUUAUAUCUGGUUUUAGUCGUUAAAGUUUUUUUUUUUUUACACUGUUUGGACUUAGGUGACCCGAAAUAACGCUUAGGCGGCCCGCACAAAGAUUUCAAUGGCAGAAAACUCCCUGCAAACGCAUGACCAUCUGAGGGAAAACUCCCUGCAAACGCAUGACCAUCUGAGGGAAAACUCCCUGCAAACGCAUGACCAUCUGAGGGAAUAGAAUAAGGCCAGCAUACUGAAAUACUCCAACCUGUAUAGCUUUAUACACUGAGUAUACAAAACAUUAGGAACAUCUUCCUAAUAUUGAGUUGCACCCCCUUUUGCCCUCACAACAGUCUCAAUUCGUCGGGGCAUGGACUCUAUAAGGUGUCGAAAGCGUUCCACAGGGAUGCUGGCCCAUGUUGAUUCCAAUGCUUCCCAAAGUUGUGUCAAAUUGGCUGUAUGUCCUUUGGGUGGUGGACCAUUCUUGAUACACAUGGGAAACUGUUGAGUGUGAAAAACCCAGCUGUGUUGAAGUUCUUGACACACUCAAACCGGUGCGCUUGGCACGUACUACCAUACCCCGUUCACUUAAAUCUUUUGUCUUGCCCAUUUAAACUCUGAAUUGCACACACACAAUCCAUGUCAUAAUUGUCUCAAGGCUUACAAAUCCUUCUUUAACCGGUCUCCUCCCAUUCAAAUCUACACUGAUUUUAAAGUGGAUUUAACAAGUGACAUCAAUAAGGGAUCAUAGCUUUCACCUGGAUUCCCCUGGUCAGUCUGUCAUGGAAAGAACUGGUGUUCCUAAUGUUUUGUACACAGUGUAGAUGAAACAAGACCUUUCAAUAGAAAUGUUUUGGUUGGGUUUGGUAGAGCACAUUUUGAGGUAUCCUAGAUUAGGGGUUCUCAAACUUUUGGGGUCUGGGGACCCCUUUUGUGAUACAUUUAACAGGGACCCCCUCAUAAUCAGAACACAACUCGUGUUAGAUACAAAUGGCAUACAAGGAGUUUUAUUAUGACUUCGGCAGUGCAUGGCAGGACGAACCAAGUCUUGGGCCCUGGGAAGGAACAUUGUAAAGGCCCGCACCAUGGCAUAAAACGAAACAAAUCUGUUUUCAAGUUAAUUUCCUGCAAUUCUAUACAUUUUGUUAUGGGGCAGAGAUUUCUUGUUUCAGCUUUAAAGCUAAUAUCUUGUAAUUCUACACAUUUUACAAUGAGGCAGAGAGAAGUUUGCAGUUUUAAAGAUUAAAUGACAGUGCAAUUAUGUUUUUAAAAAAAUAUUUUUGGGGGAAUACAGGAAGUAUUGAGUUGGGAAAUGUAUAAUUGAUGGAGUUACUAUGGAUACCAAUAUCCCUGUGAGCCUCCCUGGCCCAUGUUGCUCAGGGUUAAGAACAUAAAUUGUAGAUUAAUAAUAUUACCAGGGUCCAACGUUAACUUUUUUUCUCUCACUGGCCAAAUCUACUGUCCCGGACAUAGUGUCGUUUUUAAAUGCAUUGGGGUCAUGCAGGGCCUGUUGGCAUGCUUUCUCUCUGUAUUCAUCUAUUAAUAGGCUAGAUUUGGUUAUAAUGAUACAGUGCAUUCGGAAAGUAUGUUUCUACAACCUGAUUGGAGUCCACCUGUGGGAAAUUAAAUUGAUUGGACAUGAUUUGGAAAGGCAACACUUGUCUAUAUAAGGUCUCACAGUUGACAGUGCAUGUCAGAGCAAAAACCAAGCCAUGAUGUCUAAGGAAUUGUCCGUAGAGCUCCGAGACAGGAUUGUGUCGAGGCACAGAUCUGGGGAAGGGUACCAAGAACAUUGAAGGUCCCCAAGAACAAAGUGGCCCCCAUCAUUCUUAAAUGGAAGAAGUUUGGAACCACCAAGACUCUUUCUAGAGCUGACUACCCGGCCAAACUGAGCAAUCGGGGAAGAAGGGCCUUGGUGAGGGAGGUGACCAAGAACCCGAUGGUCACUCUGACAGAGCUCCAGAGUUCCUCUGUGGAGAUGGGAGAACCUUCCAGAAGGACAACCAUCUCUGCAGCACUCCACCAAUCAGGCCUUUAUGGUAGAGUGGCCAGAUGGAAGCCACUCCUCAGUAAAAGGCACAUGACAGCCCGCUUGGAGUUUGCCAAAAGGCACCUAAAGGACUCUGACCAUGAGAAACCGUGGUCUCGGGACAAGUCUCUGAAUGUCCUUGAGUGGGCCGGACUUGAACCUGAUGGAAAUCUCUGGAGAGACCUGAAACUAGCUGUGCAGCGACCCUCCCCAUCCAACCUGACAGAGCUGGAGAGGAUCUGUAGAGAAGAAUGGGAGAAACUCCCCAAAUACAGGUGUGCAAAGCUUGUAGCGUCAUACCCAAGAAGACUCGAGGCUGUAAUCGCUGACAAAGGUGCUUUAACAAAGUACUGAGUAAAGCAUCUGAAUACUUUUGUAAAUGUGAUCAUUUUUUGUUGCAAAAAUGUCUCAACCUGUUUUUGCUUUAAUCAAUUUGAGAAUAAGUCUGUAACAUAACAAAAUGUGGAAAAAGUCAAGAGGUCUGAAUACUUUCUGAAUGCACUGUAUGUGAAAAUUGCGCGUUUCUAUGUUUUGUAGUAAGAAAGAUGGAGUAUAAGUGUUUCCAAUGACGUCAUAAACCAAUUAGGCAAUUAGUAGGCAAUGCCAACUCAUAAUUGGUUCAAAUAACACAAUGCACACCGAUGUCAUUGGAAACACUUAUCUUCCUUUAUCUUUUUUAAUACAAAACAUAUUAACACGCAAUUUUCACUUAUGUUGAUGUUGGGGUGGUGUUUGAGAUUGAGGUUGAGAAAUUGUGAAAUUUCCCGUUAAGCCGUUCUGCGUUCCAAACAAGAUAUGGACUUGGCUACAGUAGGCUAGCCAAGACGAAUGCUAGGUGUCUUUGUAGCUUUCUUUUUGCAGACUAUCAACAGUAACCAGCAUAUUACUAAUAUGUCACUACUGAAGGUUUACUUUUUUUAAAAUCACUUUCCCUAAAAUAAAUAAGAUCAGCGGGUAGAUUGAUGGGUCAUUCUUUUAACUCUGGACAGCUCACGUGUGCUGUGUGAAGGCAUUAACUCAUAUACUGCUCGAGAAGUUGUGACUCGCGGGAGCGUGGUGGUACUUCAAUGAACGGCCAAUCAUAUUGCUAAAAUAUAAAUAGCAUGACUUUUCCGCGUGUAGUCUAGUCUUCAAUGGAUUUCGAUGGUGGACUGCGACAGAGCAGGUAAAUGUUGAACUGGAACGCAAAAAUUGCGCUGAGAAGUUACUGGUUGCUGUUUUUACUGGCCCCGGGCCAUCAUGUCGGACCCUGAUUACAUUAUAUGGUAUUACACCCUAUAAACUUAUUCCAUGGAUCCCUUGGCCAAAAUAAUAUUCAUUUCAAUUGAGAACCCUGUCCUAGACUAAAGAGAACAUCCACUGUUCCACUUGUGACGUCGAUGGGUAAUAAUGAGUUUAUGUAAAAGCUGCGGAGUUGGUGUGAUGACGAUGUUAUAUUAAUCCUGUCUCCUGAUCCGUCUACAGAUCCACACCUAUGUGAACACCACAGGCCUGCUGGAUGACCAGCCCAGCCCUCUGACUGCUCCAGCCCCUCUGGACAGCCCCGACUCAGGCCAGUCCCAGUGCCCCCCUACACCCCCUCCUCCACGGGUAGCCAGACCAGAGCCUUUGCCCCCCAUGCCCCAGCUCCAGGAAGAGCCCCAGGUACUGCUGGAGCCCCUGGGGGUGCGCUUCGUGCUGGGGCCCACCCCUGUGCAGAAGAAGAUGGCCAAGGGGAAGCAGUCGACUGGGGAUGGAGAUGGAGAGGAGGCAGGAGAGGACCCAGAGUCCCCGGAUCCUGGAGAGGGGAAGACUAACGGCCACACGGACACACACUGUGCCACCGAGGCCCCAGCCCCACUGGAGGGCCAGCCUCAGCCGCCCCACACACACUCCAACGGCACCUCGGCCUCUGUCGGGGCUCCUGCUCCAGCAACAGCCCCCCGCCUCCACCGCCCACCCCCCCUCACCCCCGACACCAUGCAGAAUGUCAACAACUCAGCCCAGCGACGCACGGCCCUCCUGGACUAUGAGAACCUGCCGGCCCUGCCGCCCGUCUGGGAGACCCGCAAGCCCAGCAACAAGGAAGUGGAGAACAAUGGAGGGCCCCACGGUGGAGGAGGCCAAGGGGGGCUGAAGACGCCCUCCCUCAACGGCCUCAACCACCACCACCACAGCCUCCUCCACCACUCCUACUCCCACCCCCUGUCAGCCUACCCCCCUCUGUCGGCCAUGGAACCCUCCCACAACUACGUCAACACAGAGAAUGUGACGGCUCCUCUAAGCGCCCGCUGUGCCCCCGACAUGGUACGCCGCCGCACCGACGGACCCACCAUCUUCAACUUCGACUUCCGGCGGCCGUUGGGGCCGCUGUGUCAGGAGCCUCCCAAGACACUCAACUACAUCGAGGUGGAGAUGGAAACUACCACCACCUCUUCCUCCGCAGCAGCCAAGGGUGCCUCCUCGGACACCAGCAACCCCCACACGCCCCGCACCCCCACCUCGCCGCUGCCGCCCACCACCCCCACCCGCCGCACUGAGCUCUACGCCUUCAUUGACAUCGAGCGCACCGCCGCCAUGUCCAGCCUGCAGAAGGCUCGGCCGCGCGACGAUGGAACGUCGAGGAAAACACGGCACAACAGCACGGAACUGCCCACCAAAAGCACUGUCUGA